AGAGGGGGAGAGAGCGAGAGCGAGAGAGAAAAGCGACUUGAGAGAAAGAGAGAAAGAGAGAGAGAGGGAGAGGGAGAGGGGGGUGAGUGCUCUCAAGGCAGAAAAUUCGAUGAUGACCAUGACUACGAUGGCUGACGGUCUGGAGGCUCAGGACUCGUCCAAAUCUGCGUUCAUGGAGUUUGGGCAGCAGUCGCACUCGCAGCAGAGUUCCCCAUCGAUGGUCAGCGGCCACUACCCGCUGCACUGUCUCCACUCCGGCUCACACGCGCACCACCAGCACGAGAGCAGUCCGUACACCGGGAGCAACAACUACAACCGGUCGUUACCUUACCCCUACGUGAGCCACGCGCACCACAGCCCGUACCUGCCGUCCUAUCACAACAACACGGGAGGACAGACAAGGUUAGACGGCGCAGAGCAGCAGAAAACGACGGUGAUUGAAAACGGGGAAAUUCGUUUUAACGGAAAAGGAAAGAAGAUCCGCAAACCUCGGACCAUUUAUUCCAGUUUGCAGCUUCAGGCGCUAAACCAUCGUUUCCAGCAGACGCAGUACCUCGCUUUACCGGAGCGCGCGGAGCUGGCAGCCUCUCUGGGGCUGACACAAACACAGGUAAAGAUUUGGUUCCAGAAUAAGAGGUCAAAGUUCAAGAAACUUCUGAAGCAAGGAAGCAACCCACACGAAAGCGACCCAAUCCCGGGCUCCAUGUCUCUGUCCCCGCGCUCCCCGACCAUCCCUCCAAUAUGGGACGUCUCGGCCUCUUCCAAAGGAGUAAACAUGCCGGCCAACAGCUACAUGCCGGGUUACUCCCACUGGUACUCCUCCCCACAUCAGGACUCCAUGCAGAGAUAGACUGUCGAGGCAGGAGGUCAGCGAGCUGUCUGGAGGCCUCCGGAUCUCCAACGUAGCCUGCAAUUUGUGUCAGCGCAGAGACUGGAUGGUGGAGAGGAGAAACCCCUCCGCUGCUCCUCCGUCGAUGGAGAAAACUGCAGCCAAGCCUCCGCGCCACGACACAGACAGAGGAACUAACCAUUUUAUCGCUCAUGGCUAUUCAGUGGGCUCCGCAUAUUUGUGAUAUGCUUUCAUUCAAUGUCAACAUCUGAACGUGAAAAAUACCAAAUAUAUCAUGACGUUUUAGCCACUCUGGGCAAAAGACUGCACCCCCGCAGACGCCUUCUGUCUCUCUCC